AAAAAUAAUGGUAUAUGAUUCUGAUUCCUCUGAAAAAGAAGUUCCAUUACAGCCUUAACAAUCAUUAGCCCAUCAUUUUGUUAAGAAGAAGAUCGUAUUCUAACCUCACAAAUUUGAAAGAAUUUUUCCAGUUUUAUUUUACGAAAUUUUUCCUAAAUUCUAAGUAAAAUGAAUAGUAUAGGCGAAGCCUGUACAGACCUAAAAAAAGAAUACGACGAUUGCUUUAACGCUUGGUUCUCGGAUCAUUUUCUAAGAGGUAGAACGAACGAUUCAAUAUGCGCACCUUUACUUAAGGUGUAUCAACAUUGCAUUAAGAAAGCUAUGAAGGAACAGAAUCUAGACUAUGAUGAAGUGAGAAAAGACCUUCUGGGUACAGAAAAGGAAAAAAUACCGCCUGUAGAAGCAAAUAAAAAAUCGAAAUCAUAACUAAAUAAAAUCAAUCACAUCUCUCUUUUGUAGAUCUCACAAUCACUCCUCUAAUUUUACUAUACUGAAAAGUAGGGCAAACAGUCACUAAAAAGUGUGUGUUUAGUUCAUUCAACCAAAGAACAUCAAGCACAGCAAGUACUUUGCAUAAAAGCGUGCAGAUUUAAAGAAAUGUGAUUUCCUCUGAAGUCUCUAUGCAAUUAAAGACACAAAACGUUAUUAUUUAUUGUUGUUAAUGCUACCUUAAGUUAUUUUAAUACAAACACUACUAGUUAAUUGUUAUGUGUGAAUGUUUGUAAUAACGUAAAUAAAGUUUGUUGAUUUUA